AUGCAUAGCACUUUUUUUCACUUUCAACCUAUUUCUUUCUUUUUUUCUUUCUUUCUUUCUUUCUUUGCCUAUUCCCUUCUGUUAAAUAAUAUCAUUUCUUUUUUUCUCCUCAUUUUUUUUCUUUUGGAUCGAACUUCUUUAAAACCUUUAUUUUCUUUUUUUCAUUUUUUUUUCUUUCUUUCAAAUUUUCUUUCUUUCUUUUUUUUCUUUUUUGAAUUUUCUUCGACAUUAGUUUUGGAUAUUCUUUCUUUGGCUUUGUUACUUCAUUCAUGUUUGCACUUUCUAUUACCAUUCUUUCGUUCUUUUCUUUCCUUUGCUUUUCUCUUUUUUUACCAUAUCCAGAAUUUAUCUAAUUCUUUCGUUUUUUCUUUCAUUUGCUUUUCUCUUUUUUAUCGUUUCUACAUUCUUUCUUUCUUUCUUUCUUUCUUUCUUUCUUUCCUUCUUUCUUUCUUUCUUUCUUUCCGUGAUUUUUCUGCCUUUUCACUCUUUCUUUGUGAUUUUCUCAAUUGCUUUCAUCUUUCUUUCUUUCUUUCUUUCUUUCUUUCUUUCUUUGAGUGCCUAUCCCUUCUGUACAAAUCUUUCUUUCUUUCUUUCUUUCCAAAAGUUUUCUUUCUUUCUUUUCUUUCUUUUUUUUUUCUUUUUUUUGAGUGCCUAUCCCUUCUGUACAAAGAUUUUUUUUCUUUCUUUCUUUUCCGUGUUUUUUCUGCCUUUUCACUGUUAUUUUUUUGUGAUUUUUCAAUUGAUUUUCAUCUUUCUUUUUUUUUUUUCUUUCUUUUUCUUUCUUUCUUUCUUUCUUUUUUUUCUUUCUUUCUUUCUUUGAGUGCAGGAUCCUUCUGUACAAAUUUGAUUUCUUUCUUUCUUUCUUUCCUUUUCAUAUUUUCUUUCUUUUCUUUCUUUCUUUCUUUUUUUUUAUUUUUCUUUUUUUUUUCUUUGAUUACCAAAUCCCUUCUGAAAAUAAAUCUUUCUUUCUUUUUUUUUUUCUUUCUUUCUUUCCGUGAUUUUUCUGCCUUUUCACUGUUAUGCAACAUCCUUCUUUACAAAUCUUUCUUAGAUUUUUUCUUUUCUUUCUUUCUUUCUUUCCAAUUUGAGUGCCUAUCCCUUCUGUACAAAUUUUUUCUUUUUUUCUUUCUUUUCCGUGAUUUUUCUUAUUUUUCACUGGCGGAUUUCUUUCUUUCUUUCUUUGACUAUUUAUCCCUUCUGUACAAAUCUUUUUUUCUUUCUUUUCUUUCUUUUUUUUUCCGUGAUUUUUCUAUUUUUUUCACUGUUAGCUUUGAAAUGAUUUUUUCAAUUGCUUUCAUUUUUUCUUUCUUUCUUUUUUUUGUUUUCUUUCUUUUCUUUCUUUCCUUUUUUUCUUUCUUUGAGUGCCUAUUUUCUGUACAAAUUUCUUUUCUUUCUUGA